CAUUUAUCAUUUAUUAGCCGAACAACAGGCAACGCACGCACGCACCGGACGCUCUCGUCCACUUUAUUGAAGUGGGAAAAGGCGGCGUGAAUCCAAAACACGGCAACAUUCGUGUUUGUCUUAAAGGAGUGGAGAAUGCAUUGCGGUUUCCCUUGGAGGUGGACGGUAUUCUGUCCGAUUUUGAUCGCGUGCAUGGCGUUGAAUUGGCGUUCUUUUACAUUCCGUCGGACUCUCAAUUAGGGUUGCCACCUUUCACAAAUAGAAAUAAGGGGCGCCCAAAGCCGUACAGGCAAAAAACAGGACAUCCCCAAAACUCAAAUGCAUAGAAAUGUGUUUAUACUGUAUAUAUUCCAUAUUGGUUGAAUACAGAACACCAAUUUGAAUUCCCAGUUUGGAACGAUUCCUUAUUUCGGCUGGCAAGCCAACUCUCAAUAUUAAGAAUAAUAAUACCUCAAACUUAUAUAGCGCUUUUUUGGACACUCAAAGACGCUUUACAUAACCUAACACAAAGACAGAAUUAAGAGGUGGGAAAAGCUAGUUUGAACAGGUGGGUUUUUAGGAGUGAUUUGAAGUUUUGUAAUGAGUCCGAGUUCCUGAUGGGUUUUGGGAGUGAGUUCCAGAGUGAGGGAGCAGCAGCGGCGAAGGCUCGGUCCCCCAAGGUAUUAACCAAAGGUGCAAAAUAGGGUGUCAAGAAAUGCUUCAAGAAUAUCGUUACAGAUAACAGUACCAGAGAGUGCAUGGCAAUUGCUGACGGGGAGCAAAAACGAAGGGAACCGGGCCGCGCUCAACACGUGCUACAUACGCGCUUAGAAGAUUUAGAAAUCUUGAGCGGGAUCGGCUCCGGCACCCCCGUCACCUUCGUGAGAAAAAGCGGAAGGGAAGAUGAAAGAACAAAGCGACAAAUGAAUGUUUCCGUCACGCUUCUGUAUUAUAUGAGGUUGAGGUACCGCGACCGUCGUCGUGACCGACCGCUCGUCUGGAAAAAGAAAAAGAAAAAAAAAACCGGCCGCCCCGCUUGUCCCAACUUUUUUCAAAUUCAGAGGCAACGGGCAAAGCCUUUUACCCCAGGGGCCCGAACGGCCUCUCAAAUCAGAAAAGGAUCCAUUGUUAACCAUCUCAAAUGUAUCCCGACGGCGAAACGCCAGAGGGAUUGAUCGCACGGUUUCUUUCCGAUUCGGCCGUUCGCAGACGGCCCGGUUCUCGUCCGUUUCCCCGGAAUGGCAGAAAGCACGAAGACCGAAGCGGUGAGCGCCAUCUACUUGCGGGAGGCGGAACCCACGGGGCGCCGAGACGGACGGAGCGCCGACGACGCGGAGCGGCGGACGUUCACGGUGGAGGAAGCGGUGGAGCGCGUGGGAUUCGGAAGAUUCCACGUCUUGCUUUUCGUCGUCAUGGGAAGCGCCAACAUCGUGGAGGCCAUGGAGAUCAUGUUGUUGGCGGUGGUUUCCCCCGAGAUCCGUUGCGAGUGGCGUCUGGAAGACUGGCAGGUGGCGCUGGUGUCCACGAUGGUGUUUCUCGGCUUCAUGGCGUGCGGCGUGCUCAGCGGCUACGUGGCGGACCAAUACGGCCGACGGAAGGUCGCGACUUUGUCGUCGUCGCCGCCGGGAACAAAGUUCUCAAAGCCCUCGGGCUUCCUCCUCAGGUUCUUUUUGGAGGUUUCGUGUGGAGCGCCUACUUCUCUCUCCUCACCUCCUUUGCGCCGUCCUACACGUGGUUCAUCUUCCUGCGCAGCAUGGUGGGCUGCGGCGUGGCGGCGGGCUCCCAGGGCUACGUGUUGAAGACCGAGUUCAUCCCGUCCAAGUACCGGGCCAUCCUGCUGCCGCUGGCCUCCAUCUUCUGGAUGUCGGGAUCCGUGCUGAUCAUCGCCCUGGGAAUGCUGGCGGUCCCCACGCUAGGAUGGAGAUGGAUGAUCCGUCUGUCGGCGCUUCCGAGCGUGUUCCUCCUCUUCCUCUUCAGGUUGGUUCCCGAGUCGGCUCGCUUCGACGUGUCCGCGGGGAACGUCGGCGCCGCCGCGGACACGCUGCGACGGAUCGCCCGGAUGAACGACGCCUCCCUGCCGCCGGGACGUCUGGCGGAGAGCGUGGCGAAGAAAAGAGGGAGCUGGAAGGAUUUGCUGAAUUCCACCUUCAGGAGGACGUCCUUGCUUCUCUGGUACUCGUGGUUCGUGGCCUCCUUGGCCUAUUACGGUUCGGUCCUGAGCAGCUCGGAGCUCCUGGAGAAGAACUUGUUGUGCGUGACGGACGGCCACCGCCCCCGUCGGGCCGCUCGCCGCUCGGACGACGCCCGGUGUUACUGCGUCCCCUUCGCCCAGGACGACUACCGCACGCUUCUCGUCAGCUGCCUGGGGGAGGUUUCACUGAUUCCGCUCAACAUCUUCCUGUUGAAAGUAUUGGGUCGGCGGAGGAGUUUGCUGCUGUUGCAGCUGACGGCGGCCGUCUUCUUCGUGCUGCCUAGCAUCUGCGCCAGCACGUCGGGCUUCACGCUGCUCUUCUUCCUGCUGCGCUCGGCGGUCUCCAUGAACUUCUCGGCCGUCUACAUCUACACCGCCGAGGUUUAUCCCACCGUAUCGCGUUCGCUGGGGAUGGGCGCCUGCACGUCGGUCAGUCGUCUGGGAGGGAUGAUCGCUCCCUUUAUCGCCCAGGUGCUCAUGUCUAAGUCGGUGAUUCUGGCGCUGAGUCCCUUUAGCGCGGCUUGCGCUCUCUGCGCCGUGGGGAGCUUCCUGUUGCCCAUUGAAACCAAAGGGCGAGCUCUCCUGCAAACCUCUUGACGAUUCGUCCCGGAAAACGGCACGUUCGCUGGACCGUUCGCACGCGAUGGCAGCGGGGCACUGCUGGCGUGUCACCUUUUUGAAAAUUUCCCUCCAUCUGAAAAGACGUGAACGGUAGCUCGAUCGAGCACUCUAAAUUGUCCCCGACAGAAAUCUAUGCGGGGGCGUGACCGUGUCCGAUUUAUGUCGCCGUGUCUUCCGGCCGCUCUCGGGCCUUGAACUAGAACUUCAACUUGAUUUGCUACUUUUGUGGAUGAUUGCAAUUCAUCAAGCCUGGAAUUUCCGCAUUUGAAAGCGGCCUCCGGACAAACACGUCCGACUGCCUUGAAUUGUUCUCAGGAAAUGGUGGCGGGUGUCCGUAAUUCAAAUAAAUUUGAAUCUGUCAAUUCAAACGCCGCCUGCCUCUUUUGAAA